AUGAGCAAUACAGAUUUCCUGGGGCGGGCGAUCGAUACGGUCAAGAAGGCGAUCGAGAAUGACAACGAUGGCGAGUACGAAAAGGCUUAUCAGAUGUACUACUCCGCACUGGAGUUGUUCAUGCUGGCCUUGAAAUGGGAGAAGAACCCAAAAUCAAAGGAGAUGAUUCGCUCAAAGGCUGGCGAAUAUAUGGAUCGCGCGGAGAAACUUAAGAAUCACCUGGCAGAGGACAAGAAAAAACCAAGUGCGGUUGGCGCAAAUGGGAAGGUGGCGCAAGGCAGUGGGAAGGGAGGGAAGGAAGAUGACGAUGCCGAAGAUGCGGAAGCGAAAAAGCUUCGAUCAGCGCUUCAGGGAGCUAUUCUGUCGGACAAGCCGAACGUGAAGUGGGAGGAUGUUGCUGGUCUGGAGAACGCAAAGGAGGCAUUGAAGGAAGCAGUCAUUCUUCCCAUCAAGUUCCCCCAUUUGUUCACUGGAAAGCGCCAACCCUGGAAGGGUAUCUUGCUCUACGGUCCUCCCGGUACGGGAAAAUCUUAUCUUGCCAAAGCCGUGGCUACUGAGGCAAACAGCACAUUCUUCAGUGUCAGCAGUAGUGACCUGGUCUCGAAGUGGAUGGGUGAGAGUGAAAGACUUGUUAAGCAGUUGUUUAACAUGGCCCGUGAGAAUAAGCCUGCGAUCAUCUUCAUCGACGAGGUCGAUGCGCUGUGCGGACCCCGUGGCGAAGGAGAAUCCGAGGCCUCACGGCGUAUCAAAACCGAAUUACUUGUACAGAUGGAUGGUGUCGGUAAUGACUCGAAGGGCGUUUUGAUCCUGGGCGCAACCAAUAUUCCCUGGCAACUGGAUGCUGCUAUUCGACGACGAUUCCAGCGAAGAGUACACAUCAGUCUUCCGGACCUCAAUGCACGAAUGAAGAUGUUCAUGCUGGCCGUGGGCACAACACCGUGUCAAAUGACCCAGACCGACUAUCGCCAAUUGGCCGAGCUAAGCGAGGGCUACUCCGGUAGUGAUAUUAGUAUUGCCGUGCAGGAUGCACUGAUGCAGCCAAUUCGCAAGAUCCAAGGAGCAACACAUUAUAAGAAGGUACUUGUCGAGGGCGUAGAGAAAGUCACUCCUUGCUCACCAGGGGAUGCGGGCGCAGUGGAAAUGAGCUGGCUCGACAUCGAUGCAGAUAAGCUUUUGGAGCCAGCUCUUACUCUGAAGGAUUUCAUCAAGGCAGUUAAGAACUCUCGGCCAACCGUUAGCGGAGAGGAUCUCACAAGGAACGCUGAAUGGACUAAGGAAUUCGGCAGUGAAGGCGCCUGA